CAUUGUGGGACAGUUACUUAUUUCCCUAAGAGGACAAGUACAGAACCUUGGCAGGAGCAAAUGAUGGCUGUGUCUAACAGACCACCACUUCAGGUGGCUACUGCUGGGUGUGUGAUCAUCCUGCUGACAUUCUAUUUUAUUGUAUUCUAUAACUAUCCAGGAGAGCUCAAUGAAAAGGUUCCCACUACACAAAAAAUUAGGACUUGGUUGACACCAUCCAGGGAUUCUCCCUCACCUGGUCCAUGCACUUGUCCUGACAAAUCAGUGAUCCUCAAAGACCACCUCCCCAAGGAGCAGUAUGAGGAGCUGGCGCAACGCCGAGCGAAGGAGCUCCAACAACACAAAGCCAGGACAACGUCUUUAUUAUCCAGACAGCUGUUUGCUUUGCCCAACUCUCCUCUGCAGUAUCCCAUCCAGGGACUUAUAGCACGACCUUUGACCACCACUCCCAUACCAGGUUUAGCGCUGCAUGCAGGACAAAGAAGCAGCUACAAGGUCUCCUUGAGUGUGUCCAAAGGUGUCCUGACCACAGAGAUUCCAGCUGAAGGGGGGACGAUCCAAGGUGAUGGUGAGAGCAGACUGAUAAUGGAGUCUAACAGCCUGGUGAUCCUCAACAACCUGCUGGCUAAAGUGUCAUAUACCAGCACUAUCUACCACAUACUCACUGGAGACCUUGCAUCUUUCCAGUUUGAGAACCAUGAAGCCGUGUUUCCCAUUACCAUCAAACAGCCUCACCUGCCGGUCCUGUACGACAUGGGAACAGAUAUCAGCUCUCACGUCACCAUUGCCACAAAGACAUUCCUGCGCUACAGACAACUCAAGGUGUUGUUGAGUAGCAUCCGGCGUUUCUAUACCAACAUAGAGGUCAUCAUAGCAGAUGACAGCAUAGAACCAGAACACAUUACUGAAGAACACACCAAGCAAUACAUCAUGCCUCCAGCGCAGGGCUGGUUUGCUGGGAGGAAUUUGGCUGUCUCCCAGGUAACCACCAAAUACUUCCUGUGGGUGGAUGAUGACUUUGUGUUUACGGAGGAGACGAAGAUUGAGAAGCUGGUGGAGGUGAUGGAGGCAGUCCCCGAACUUGACGUGCUUGGCGGGUCAGUACAAGGGAACCGGUUUUACUUCUCUCUUCAGUAUGAGGAAGGAGAGGAAAUGGAGGGCGGCUGCCUGUACAGGAAGUCUAAUGCAAAGUUCCACUCACUUCCUGGGUACCCACAAUGCUCUCUGGCCAGUGGGGUGGUCAACUUCUUCCUGGCUCGUACAGAUGCUGUACAGAGGGUGGGAUUUGACCCCAAGCUCCAGAGGGUAGCGCAUUCAGAGUUCUUUAUGGAUGGCCUGGGCUCCUUACUGGUUGCCAGCUGUGACCAUGUGUCCAUUGGCCAUCAGCCCAAAACAGCCAACGAAAAGGAUGCAGCUCGCUACGCCAGCUUCAGAAAUCCUUCACACAGUGACUCAGAGUUCAAACUGCAGCUUCACUUCUUCAAAAACAACCUCAAGUGUAUCCGAUAUGGAUAGAACACAACUGGAAGACAUUGAAGUCACUGGUUGUACCUAUUGACUUUAUUCACAUUAUUUAAUAACCCAUAAAGAACAUUAUGAAUUUGGAAGCUGCUGUAAUAAUAAUAAUAGUUUAAUUUAGUAUAAUGACAAAGGUGCCACCACUGAAAAAUUAAAUGAGAUAUUAGAUUUAAAUAGCUUUAAUCAAACACACUCAAAUUUACUCAAAGAGAAAUCCAACAUUUACUUUUCAAUUGAUUGUUUUUAACCAACAUUUAAGCCAGUAGAUACAGACUUCGUUCUAUCAAAAUGAUAAAAGGUAAAGAAACAUCUAAAAAUAGUAAUCCUGUUCUUACUAAAGGUUUACAUGUGUAUGUUGAUACAAACCUAAGAACUUAUGCAUAAAACCCUUUUUCAAAAAGAUAAAGGUCAUAUUCUCAGGCUGGGUCAAUUUAUGUAGCCUAAUACAAAACAAAACUUGUGAAAAGUUGAAAUCUUCUUUAAAAUGAAACACUAGUAUUACAGUGCAAGGUAUGCAAGUAUAAAACAUUUAAACGGCUCGAUUUGUGAAAAGCUAUUUCUCAAAGGACCUAACAUUCUGUGCUAAGGAUGACAGAAGAAAAAUGUCACUGUUUACAAUGCCCCAGGAAUCACUGCGGUCUGGAGAUCCAGCACCUGUAUGUUACAGUUUUCUGCUGAAACACAAACAUUCUGAGUCUUUGGAUUCUGAUUUUUGAGGCACUACUUCAUUACCACUUGUAGCCAAUGCAUUUACCAAGUGCGCCAAACGCAGGCUCUCUGCUUUACACUCAAUUUGUAAUUUAAUAACACAUUUUUGAAAAACCUUAAACACACUUACUGCUUUACACUCUGAAAUUCAAUAACACACGUCUAGCAAAACUGUAAUAUUUAUUUUGCUUCACUAUUUUCUUAAUUAGCAUCCCACACUGACACAUGUGAAAACACUUUUAGAUAAUAGAGUUUUUCUCAAUUGCUAAGACUGGUAACUGGUAUUUACUUGAUCUCUAUCACCUUCUUAGCACAGCAGAUGUUAACAUGUUUUUAUUGGUUUCACACAGUGCUGUCCUUUUUUUUCUUCUGAAACACUAACAGUGAUUCAUGAAGCACUAUUUCAGAAAACAAAACAAAUUACUUUCUUAACGCUGCUUUACACAAAGUUUACAAUUCAACAACACCAUAGCCGGAGAUCCACAUUAUAUAUGGUCAUUGCAAAUACCUGGAUCACACUCAGAGAACUACAGGACCACAUAGCGGCAGGUAACACAAUGUUCCAAAACAUCACCAGAGUUAGUCUCUCUACAUUGGGUACUUUAUUGCAAACUGCUAUGCCUUCACACAGAAAACGCAAAAGCAAAAGCGUUAUUUUAUUUUUACUUGUAGUUACUGCUUUGUGUCCAUUUGGGUGUACUGUAUUGUUACAAAAAUACAAGUUUGAAGAGUU